AAUUCUCAAAUACUUUUCCACACGACAAACCCCCGGAUGGUGAAAGCCAGGCCACAGAUUAGGCGCCCCUAUUUCCCCGCCAUUUGAAAAAGCCAUCUUCCGGCGGAGAGAGAGAGAGAGAGCGAUGGAUCAACCAAGCGUGUUUGUCCAGUCCGUUGUCUGACCUCUACGUUUCGAGUCUCUGUUUUCUGGUGAACAACUCUUCCCUUUUACUUUUCUGUUCUUAACAUCAAGCCAUUCGUGCAGCCCUAUAUAUUCUCCCUUUUUUUUUUUUUUUUCUCUUUGUUUUUUUAGGUCUUAAUUGGUUUCUGGGUGGAAUUUGCAUUCAUAUUCAUCUGGGUUUGCAUUCUUUCCUUGCUGGAGUGGUUGUUUCGAAACUCUUUUUUUAAAAAAAAAAAAAAUCAUUUGGACUUGCAUUCUUUCAAAUUGCAUAAUUUCUAUCUCAGACCUGGAUCUUUUCUUAUUCUUCGGUCUUGAUGUUGUUUCUGGGGCCGGUCAAUGCAGAGAUAGAAUGUGGUUGGAUUCAGGAGGGUAUUGUUGAAAGAUCCAUUGCCUCCAUUCGACAUUUAUGAUAUUCGUUUUUGCAUUUUGAGAUGAAAUUGAUCUUGAUGUUCUCCCUGUCUCUCAGAGAUUAUUGAAAUUGCUGGUUCUGUUCAUGUGAAGUGUGAUUUCUGUAAAGUUGAAUUGUAUUUGUUCCCCACCUCCUCUCCAUGUUCAUUUCACGUUGAGUUUGUAAUUAGUAUAUAAAGUGCGGUGGUUCAAUGUAUCUUAUGCCCAGCAACAGAAUUUCAUAUAUGUUUUGCCCCAAAUAGCAGUGAUUUUGGAUUAGUAGUGCAAUGGCUGAGAGACGUGCAUCGAAGAAGUCCUCCAUUUGUUUGUUUUCCAUUUCAUCCAUCUUGUUCAUAUUAUCUUGGCUGUUUGUGUUGCGUUCUGCGGGCCAUCCUUACUUUGUUAACCGUAGGUUGUUACCCAAUCCUGAGCUUAAAUUUAAGAACCCAUCAGUUCGAACUAACCAAGUCAUUCUCAAGAAAGAAGUAGCAGUAACUGGAGAAAACAAUAUGGUAAAAUGCCAUCCCAACAAUGGAGUUCUUAAGGUUUUCAUGUAUGAUUUACCCCCAGAGUUCCAUUUUGAGCUCUUAGAUUGGAAGCCUGAGGGGAAAGGUGUUUGGCCUGAUAUCAGAACCAAAAUCCCUUUAUAUCCCGGUGGGUUAAACUUGCAACACAGCAUAGAGUAUUGGCUUACCUUGGAUCUCCUGUUGUCUGAGUUCACUGGCCAUACCAAUGCUCGUAGUGCAGUAAGAAUCCACAAUUCGAGUGAAGCUGAUGUUAUAUUUGUCCCUUUCUUUUCUUCUUUAUGCUAUAACCGAUACGCUAGGGUGAAGGGCCCACAGAAAAAUGUUAACAAGUUGCUACAAGAGAAGUUAGUUAGUUUUUUGACAACUCAAGUGGAAUGGAAGAGGUCAGGGGGACGGGAUCAUAUUGUUCUAGCUCAUCACCCAAAUAGCCUCUUAGAUGCGAGAACAAAGCUUUGGCCAGCAACGUUCAUUGUUUCAGAUUUUGGAAGGUAUCCUCCAAAUGUAGCUAAUGUUGAUAAAGAUGUGAUUGCACCUUACAAGCAUCUCAUCAAAACCUUUGAUAGCGAUUCAUCUGGUUUUGAUAGCCGUCCAACUUUGCUCUACUUCCAAGGAGCCAUAUACAGAAAAGAUGGUGGUUUUGCUCGGCAAGAGUUGUUCUAUCUUCUAAAAGAUGAGAAAGACGUACAUUUCUCAUUUGGAAGUGUCCAAAGGGGUGGAAUCCACAAAGCUACAGAGGGAAUGCAUGCCUCCAAGUUCUGUCUCAAUGUAGCAGGUGACACCCCUUCCUCAAAUCGCCUCUUUGAUGCCAUUGCUAGCCACUGUGUGCCUGUUAUCAUCAGUGAUGACAUCGAGCUCCCCUAUGAAGAUGUUCUCGACUACUCUGAGUUCUGCAUAUUCAUCCGUACAUCAGAUGCCAUCAAGGACAAAUUCCUCAUCAACCUUAUUCGAAGCAUCGGGAAAGAAAAGUGGACCAGAAUGUGGACAAGGCUGAAAGAGGUAGAAAAUUUUUUCGAGUUUCACUUCCCAUCGAAGGAGGGUGAUGCUGUUCAAAUGAUAUGGCAGGCCGUGGCACGAAAGGUGCCUGCUAUUAGGAUGAAGAUACACAAGUCUAGGCGAUUCUCUCGAUAUGAUCCCCCGAGGUAUAGAGGGCCAAGAUCAAUUCAUUUGCCAAUCAAUUUUACAGAAUUUUGGAAGAAGAAUGUUUAUGUUUGUAAACAAGGGAUGGAAGAGAGGAGGAAAAGAAGGGCCAUUGUUAUAGCUUUUAGGUAUUCAUUCAUCUUCUGUUAGCUAGAAAUACUUGAUUCCCAUGUAUCAAUCCAAUCCCAUUCAUCCAUUCAUUUAUUUGUUAGUGUUCUAACAUGAAACUCAUAUACAUUUAUCUCAUGAAUAUACACUUAUUUUCCUUCUUCAA